AAAUCCAAAAUCGCGCCCACGCGACGACGACGACGGGUUCGCGCCCGGGACCACGGCGCAGUACGUCAGCGUCGCGUGCGUCAUGCUCGCGGUGUUCCUCCACCUCCUCGGGUUCACCGUCACCGGACCCAUCACCCCGUCCCUCGUCGCCCACUUCGGCCUCCACCCGUCCCAGGUGGGAUACCUAACCAGCGCGUACCCGCUCGGCAUGUUCUUCGCGCUCUUCGCGUGGCCGCGACUGAGCGACGCGGUGGGGCGUAAACCGAUACUGGUCAUGUCCCUCCUGGGCGUCGGCGUGGGGUUGGUCGCGCAGGCGGCGUGCGUGACCAACGGGUGGUCGUUGGCGACGUUUCUGGGCCUGAGGGUAGCGUCCGGGGCUUUCGCCGGCGCGUCGCCGGUGGUCAAGGCGUAUCUCGCCGACGCCGCGGCGCCCGAGCAGCUCCCGUCGUUCAUGGCGUGGCGCGAGGCGGCGUGCACGCUGGCGUUCAUCGUGGGGCCAUCGUUGGGAGGGUUGAUGUUCAGCGCGAAUAAGGACCUGGGCGCGUGCAUCGCGGUGACGGGGUGGGCGAGCGUGGGCGCCGCAUUCAUCGUCGCCGUCGCGGUGAAGGAGAUUGGUUGGCGGCGAAGAGACGGGUCGAACGAAGGUGCGGGGAUUUCGGGUAGCUCGGCGGACGAAUCCGGUGCUGACGUGGACGAAUCGGAAGACGACGCCGGGGACGGGAUCGACCCGACCGGCGCCAGCGCCGCCGCCAAGCGCGCGGCGAGGGAGCAGGCGCGAACCGAGGCGGCGUCCGCCCCCGCGUGUCCCUUGGGCCGAAGGCUUUACGCCGCGGUGGCGACCAUCUGCGUCACCUCUUUCCUGUACAACGCGGGACAGAGCACGUUCGACUCGUUCUUCCCGGUGUUCUGCGCGCAGCAACGCGGGAUGGGUCCGACGCAGAUCGGCGCGACGCUCACCGCGUUGGCCGCGGUGUCCUUUUCGAUCUCCGCGGCGGGAUUCGCGGCGGUGAACAAGAAGCUAGGGUUGACGUCCACCACCGCGCUCGGGCUGGCGCUCGUGGCGGUGGGCCUCGGCGCGAUCGGCGCGGCGCCCACCGCGGGGCUCACGCUGUUCGCGGCGACGCUGUACGUCACGGGGAUCCCGCUGUUCACCCCGGCGAUUCCCAUCCUGCUGAUGCAGUGCGUGCCCCCCAACAGACGCGGCGCGGUGAUGGGUCUGGACUCGGCGGUGAACGCGGUGGCUCGCAUCGCGACGCCCAUCGCGCUCGGCGGGGUGUAUCACGCGUCGCCGACGGCGGCGUUCGCGGCGGCGGGUGGGGUGGUGGCGUUCGCGUGCGCGCUGGUGCUGGUCCGAAGGUGGAUGGUGAUGGGUCCUGGGAUGAAAUUCGGAGGCGUCGGGUCCGCUCGAUGAUGAAAGGAUUUUUGUCAAAAA